AUGGCCGACGCAGACGUCAAGACGUUCUCCCUCGGAGACUUUGCCCUUCAGUCGGGCGAGACGAUCCCCGGCGCCUUCCUAGCGUACAAGACGUUCGGCGCGCCCUCGUCGCCGGCCGUCAUCUACCCGACCUGGUACAGUGGCGCCAUCGCCGACAAUGAGUGGCUCGUCGGCGCCGGCAAGACGCUCGACCCGGCGCGCUACUACAUCAUCAUGCCCGCGCUCUUUGGCAACGGCCAGUCGAGCAGCGCCCAGCAACACGGAGGCGGCAGCGCGCGCACGAGCCUGCACAACCAGGUGUUUCUCGAGGGCGUCAAGAGCGCGCUGCUCGCGGCCAAGGGGACUUCGUCGGGCGGCGUCUGCGCUGGUGAGGCGUGCGAGGCCUCUGAACAUGGCGAGUACCGGGGGUGGACAGACGAGGAGAGGGCCAAUGGGCUGAGGGCGCUCGGCAGGGUGUAUGCCGGGUGGGGAUUCAGCCAGGCGUUCUACCGGGAGAGGGUGUACGAGACGGCGCCGACGCUGGGGUUCAAGGGGUUGGAGGAGUUCAUGGUUGGGUUUUGGGAGGCGUGGGCUCUUUCCAAGGGUGCGUAUCCCGAGAACAUGCUCGUCAUGCUGCACACGUGGCAGGCUGGGGACUGCUCGGACCAGGAACCGUACAACAAAGAGACAGACUUUGAGCUGGCCAUGCGCAGCAUCAAGGCCAAGAUGCUCGUACUUCCCGGCCAGACGGACCUUUACUUUCCACCCGAAGAUUCUGAGUACGAGGUCAAAUGCAUGAGCCCAGGGAUCGGGACGGCUGGCGGGCCGGGGCAGAGCACAGAGGACGUCAAGUGGCUCGACGAGAAGCUGAGGGUCUUCUUUGGCGAUGGAGGGUCUGAUGCCGAUACCGAGGCGAUGACCGAACGCCUGUCGACCUUGUAG